GAGAAAAAAGAUCGUCUCCCCUUUUUUCCUCGCAAAGCGAAACAUUAAUAGACUCGGUCACGGGCGAGUCGCCACGUGGACGGAGCCUCUCAAUCGAGAGAACUCUUAUAAAUCUGACGCUACGUCAAUUUUCCCAGCUGAACGUUUUGUAGACUUUAUAUUUACUCCUCCAACGGACCAUGCCGAAAUAUUAAUCAAGAAGUGCCAUCUUAUUUUACUUCUUCAACAGUACGUUUUCCUCCUCCUGUUUCUAUACGAUGGUUUAAUCAUAUUUGAACCACGUGGACACGUGAUUCGUCCACCAGGAAACCUGAGAAGAAGACGGAGAACGGAGACUGACGGGGACGAGAGAGGUAACGCGGCGGCGCACCUCGUUAUGGAUGCCACCGUUGCCGCCGCAUUAUGCGGCAUAAUUCGGUGGGGAUGAUGAAGCCCCCCCGAAAUAUCGUUUCGAGGCGGAAAACUUGAGAUGAGUCGCCGUCGUCGUCGUCGCCGACGAGCAUCAUCGCGCCCGACAGAAAUACGGUAAAGAUCCUCUCCUCGUCGUUUUACUCCUCUGCUCCAGUUUUCGUGGUCACCUGUCAGACAAGUCUGUUAGAUUCAAUCUCCGCCACGAUCUGCGACACGCUCGGCUACAAUCGCACAUGCACGUGUACUCGCAACCGCGUCCGCAUCCAAGAUAUUUAUAGAUAUAUGAGAAAGGAGGAUAUGUAUGUCAGAUUUAGAUGCAGCUUCAGAUUAAAGGAGGCAAGGAAAGAUAUGCAUUGAUUAAGGCAAGAUAUGAUGGCAACCAACGUUAAAUACAUAGUGAUACCUCUUCACCAUCGGCCUGACUUGAUCGAGGACUGUUGUAAGUUGCUUAAUUCUGAAUGGCCUCGAAGCGAGACUGCACGAAUGAAAUCUCUAAGUGUGUCUUGCGACAAUUUUCCCACGUGUCUAGUUUUAAUUGAUGAUGAAAACAAAGUUCUUGGACACUGCAAAAUAUCUCUGGUGGCUAAAUCAAAAGUCAGCUGCUUCAUAGAAUCCGUUGUAAUUGACUGUCGGUGUAGAUCUCAAGGACUAGGAUCUAAACUGUUGCGCGGCAUGGAGGAGUACGUCGCGAAAAGGGGCCUGAAGAACAUCUAUCUAAAGACGGACGGUCAGGAGGUAUUUUACUAUAAGAACGGAUACAAAGUGUGUGAUCCGUUUAAAGCGUAUGGCAUUAACGAUAUCAUAACCGCCAGUCCGCCCUUCGGCAGGACCAGAUUUAAAGAGCGGAAUGGCGAUCAGUCCGCUGGGCAACCACCGCCUCCGCCGCCUCCGAUGCCGACGUUUCAACUAUCAAAGUUUUUCGACAUGCGAAUGUUAUCUCAAAAGACUCACAUGGUCAAGAAAUUGUGAUACUAGGUUUAUAUCGAAAUUUCAAAAUGUUUCUUCCACUCACGCCAAUAUCAACGAGAGCUUUACAUCAAUAGAAAUUAGAUACUUAAGUAAACAACAAAUGCGAUUAUCAAACAGAACAAGAUGGAUAAGAUAAUUUAGUACGUUGUAACUUAAUGAAGAGCUUUGGUUUAGAAGAAAUCAUAUUCGUUAGAACAUAUUGAUUAUGCAAAUGAUUAUUUGAAACGUUAAAUUACUCGACGAAUGAACGUGCAUUUGACCUUCCAGCUCAAUCAAACGAUGCGAAUCAAGUACUGGAUAUCACAAAUUCUGUUCUUAAAAGUUACAAAGUAAAAUGCCACAGAUAUAUUUUUGUAAUAUUAUAAUACACACACACACACACACACACACACACACACACACACACACACACAUAUAUAUAGCUAUUUUUAUAAUUCCAAUAUGAAACAUCGACAGGAAAAUUAAUCUUUAGCUUCUUAAUGCAAGUUUUCUUGUAAGACUACGCUUCUGUCUAUUUUAAAUAUUUCCUUAUUUAUUAUCUUCCAGCGAUAGAAAUCACGCGCUUAAUAUAAUCGCUUUUUUAAUAUAAAUUCGUGCAAUUAUGAAGCAAUUGGAUGGAAUGGCAAACUUAUCGAAAACGUGUGAUAACAAUUUACAUAAAUAUACAUAUUUAUUUUUCCACUAGAAAAAA